AUGGAGAACAAAGAGAACGAACCAAAGAUAUUAAGUUGCAUGAUAAGGGGUCCUGGUCCAGUUUACAAAUUACGGCCUUUAGUUGGUUAUGAAGAUCAUUGUCCGUCUCGACAAAGGCAUCCAGCAUAUAGUAUACGUCAUCGUACCAAAAUUUUUAUACCAAGCGUUGGUCCUGGACCAAAAUAUAAUGUUUCUAAAUUAACAAAUUAUGGAUUAGACAAAUCACCAGCAUAUACAAUAGCUACCAGAGAACCUUUCAGCAUAAGAGAUUUAGGCCCAGGGCCAGGAGCACAUUACCCAGAAAAGUGCCCACCGAUGAAUCACAAUAUCAGACCUCCAGCUUAUACAAUUAAAUCUAGAAGUAGAACGAAAAUUAGCGAUACUGGUCCUGGCCCAAAUGCAUAUACUUUACCAACAUGUAUAGGGCCCAAGAUUCCGGACAAAAGAGCUGUGGGUGCAUUUUCGAUAGGUGGUUAUCAUGAACUGAGACAAGAAGACAUUGGCCCUGGUCCAGCAGCUUAUACAAACAUUAACAUUGAUGUUGUGAAACGUAGUUCUCCAGCAUUUGGAUUAAAGUGGAGACACGAUUUACCAGAUAUAGAUUUUAGUCCAGGGCCAAAAUACUAUCCCGAGUUCGUUGGAAGACAAGCACCGAUGUACUCUUUCGGUAUCAGACACAGCGAAUGCGCUGGACUACCUAUCACAGAAUUAGACGAAGAUUAA